GUUUACAAAUCAAAGAUACCAAGCGACCAUCUCAUGUCAAAAUAUUUCUUAUUUGAUCAAAUCUGACGAAUCUUACGGUUUAACCCAGUCAUCAGUUGUCAUACAAAAUCUCAACUAUCAGCAAAGAAAAUAACUGCAAUGCUCUAUUCGGAAUAAAGUACUACUUUAGUAUCCGAUAAAACAUUUAAUUAUCAUAUUUAUAUCGAAAAAAUAUCAUAUGCAGUUCUAUUAUAACCCCCAAAACAUCACUAUUGAACCCGAUUCCAAUCCCAAACAGAGGAUUGAAUCAAAAGUAAAACCCAACGAAAAAUGUCAUCGACUAAACGUCCUUCAUCUAGAAAUAGCUUUCUAUCAGACAGCUCGCGCGGAUCAAGCAGUACGCGCACAACUUCGAUAGGAUACAGAGAUACUCUAAACUGGGGCUCAAUCGACGCGACUGGAACCCAACGUAUUUCUACUAACUUCGCUUCUGCUGCCAACGCCAAUGCCGUUAAGUUCAAUGACCUUGAACUUUACGGAAACGAACACAUGCCAGAGUCUGGAAUGGUUGGGGGAGCAACGAAAGACAAGGAACUGGAGAUUAUUUCAGAAAACAAUCGGUUGAAGAAAAUGGUUCGAUGUAUUUGUGUUUGUCACAUACUGACGACAAUUCUAGUCUUCGUUCUAAUUGGCUUGACGGCCGCAAUCGCUUACAGUGCGAACAAGAAAUCGAACGAAUUGUCGGACACCAAAGCUGAUCAAACUCAAGUUAAUGAAAUAAAGAUCAUGAACGAGCCUGUAAAUAAGGAUAUUGCAGACUUAAAAACAAAUCACAUUGAACUAGAAACAAAAUUCCACAGACUAUACACCGCUAAUAACCUGAAAUUUAACAAACUGGAACAAAAAACUAGAGAAAUCCAGGCAUUGAGCGAUUCGCGGUAUUCUGAGACUGAUCAAAGGUUCAACGAAGGAAAGACAACUUUGAUGGAAUUGGAGACGAAUACAGCGUCAGAAUUGAAAUCUUUUGAAAAUAUUGUGAGUAACGGUCAGCAAUUGGACGAGAUGAGACUAGAGGCAGCAAAGAUGGAUCUCCAAGCGGAAAUCAAGAAGGAAAAAGAUUCCAUUGACUCGAAAAUUGACCAAAUCUACAAACACCUGAACGAAAUCAAAAACGAAAUCGCAAAUUAUCAUUAAACAAUUGUUAUUGAGUUAUUGUUGAGUUUUUUUU